AAGCUGGAGUGGAAGCCACAAGUUUGCGCCAACUUGGCGGCCAAGGCCCAUUCAAAUUGUCUGUGUUGGUUGCAACGGAGAGGCGUAUAGGAGCGCCACUAGGACUGCUGCAGGCUGCCACCCUCCUGCGCCACGGCUUGAUCCUGUUUGAAUUGCAGGAUUAGGUUGUCGAGAGCCUAAGCACCUGAAAAGCGGACAAGAUGGAGGACGAUGCUUCAAAAAAGGAGGGAUCAGGAAAGGCCAAGGCCAUCAACUAUGACGAGCUGGACGAGAACAUUCAGACGCACAAGACGCAGGCUUUGAAGCACAAUAAGCUUUCCGAUGCUGUGGAGAGCCUCCUCAACAUUGAAAAGCAGAUGCGUUUGGCUGCGGACAUCACAGGGACGAAGAAGGUCGUUGCGGGAAUCCUUGAAGCGUGUUUUGAAGCUGGGGAUUGGAAGGGUUUGAAUGAGCAGAUCGUGCUACUGUCAAAGAGACGGGCUCAGUUGAAGCAGGCCGUCGUAGAGAUGGUGCAAAAGGCGAUGGCGUACAUCGACAAGGCACCAGAUGUGGAGACGCAGAUUGAGCUGAUAAAGACCUUGAACACGGUCACGGCAGGCAAGAUAUACGUGGAGAUCCAGCGUGCCCGGUUGACCAAGAGGCUUGCCAAGAUCAAAGAACUGCAAGGGAAGAUAGAUGAGGCUGCAGAGAUCAUGCAGGAGGUGGCGGUGGAGACGUUCGGAGCCAUGGCACGGACUGAGAAGCUAGCCUUCAUCUUGGAGCAGGUCCGGUUGUGUCUGGAUCGGAAGGACUUCGUGCGCGCCCAGAUCCUCGCAAAGAAGAUCAACCCCCGCGUGUUCACCGCAGACCCUGCCAAGGAGAAGAAGGAGAAGCCCAUGGAUCCAGAGCAGGUUAUGGAGGCGGCGCCAGCGGAUAUCCCCUCCCUCCUAGACCUCAAGGUUCUCUUCUACGAACUUAUGAUCAGGUACUAUCGGCACGGGCGGGAGUAUCUGGAGAUCUGUCGGGCGUACCAAAACAUCUACGACACGCCGUCGGUCAGGGACGACCCUCUCAAGUGGCAACCGGUCAUGAAGAAGAUUGUGUGGUAUCUGUGCCUCGCGCCCCACGACCCCAUGCAGCGCAGCCUGAUGCAGGCCACGCACGACGAUAAGAAGCUGCUCGAGCUGCCCAAAUACAAGGCCCUGCUGAAGCAGUUUAUCACGCUGGAGGUGGUCCGGUGGAAGAGCUUGAGCGACUUGUACCGCCCGGCGAUGGAGAGCGAGCCCGACAUCUUUGGCGGCGAGUGGGGCAAGAAGUCGCUGGAAGACUUGAAGCAGAGAAUAGUCGAGCAUAACAUACUGGUAAUUUCAAAGUAUUACGCGCGCGUUACGCUGAAGCGGCUAUCGGAGCUGCUCGAUCUGCCAACCGAGGAGACCGAGAAGUACUUGGCUGACAUGGUGACGACCAAGGCGCUGGUCGCUAAGGUGGAUCGGCCGGCGGGCAUUAUCAACUUCCAGGCUCGGCAAGACAGUCACGAGGUCCUCAACACGUGGGCCGUGAGCAUCGAAAAGCUGCUGGAGCUGGUAGAGAAGAGCUGUCACCAGAUUCAUAAAGAGGCAAUGCUGCACAAGGUUGCACUUCCAGUCAGCUGAGAAAGGGCCGCUGAAAAGCGAAGGAACUUGACAGCGAGACUCGAGGGAAGUGCAUUGCGGCUUGCUUUUGUCAAGUGAUCUUAUCAUCCAACACCCUGGGGGCAAACCUUUGAGUGUGCACUUUUUCCAUGCAAUCCGUUUUCGACAUCUUCUUUGGAAAUCAAGGUUCGUGCUUUUUCAAUUGACAUUCCUCAAAGCUUGCGCUCACAGUAGCAGGCAAAAACUAAAGCACAGGAUACUCUAGGGUAAACAACGAUGCAAGCGGGAGCGGCAUGUAAUUUGUCGAACUUUUGAAACGUACGCAUUCGGAUGACGUGGAUUACGGUGCAAACUGGCGGCCUAUUGCACGGUCUGAAAUGUAUGGCAGCCAGCUGCGCCGCCGCGCCUCUAGUGCAAACAUGUGGGA